UCUCACUAAGCUUUCUUGAUCUCGACCAUCGCCAUAUUGACGUCCCAACAACGCUGAGAAGGAGGUAUUUGUUAUAACCCCCCAGUGAUGACUGUAUUGAACCCUGUACCUCCUGAUUAGACUGGUUGGAUGCCCCCCAUUUCACAUUCAGCUUUACCACAAAGACACCUCAGCAACUCCUGUUCACCUUACCUGUCAACAUAAUCCUGGAGGAAAGCUUCCAGGACAUUUUUUAGUAAAGAUUCUGUGCAGAAUAUGUCUGGCCCUGUUCCAAGCCGCUCUCGAGUUUACCCUGAUGUAAACACACAGAGGCCUCGGGAAUACUGGGACUACGAGUCCCAUGUUGUUGAAUGGGGGAACCAAGAUGACUAUCAGCUUGUCAGAAAACUAGGAAGAGGCAAAUACAGUGAAGUGUUCGAAGCCAUAAACAUCACAAACAAUGAAAAAGUGGUCGUUAAAAUACUGAAGCCCGUCAAGAAAAAGAAAAUCAAGAGAGAAAUAAAGAUCUUGGAGAAUCUGAGGGGUGGUCCAAAUAUCAUCUCACUGUUAGAUAUCGUUAAAGAUCCUGUGUCUCGAACUCCUGCUCUGGUCUUUGAACAUGUCAACAACACAGAUUUCAAGCAAUUGUAUCAGACAUUGUCAGACUUUGACAUACGGUUCUACAUGUAUGAAAUCCUAAAGGCUCUGGAUUACUGCCACAGUAUGGGCAUCAUGCAUCGUGAUGUAAAGCCCCACAAUGUAAUGAUUGACCACGAACACAGAAAGCUACGUCUAAUCGACUGGGGUUUGGCAGAGUUCUACCAUCCAAACCAAGAAUACAACGUGAGGGUGGCGUCCAGGUACUUCAAAGGUCCCGAGCUGCUGGUAGAUUACCAGAUGUAUGACUACAGCUUGGACAUGUGGAGUCUGGGUUGUAUGCUUGCCAGCAUGAUCUUCAGGAAGGAACCUUUCUUUCACGGUCAUGACAAUUAUGAUCAGCUUGUGCGGAUUGCAAAAGUACUUGGCACAGAGGACCUGUAUGACUACAUCGACAAGUACAACAUCGAAUUGGAUCCACGGUUUAACGACAUUCUGGGAAGACAUUCCCGCAAAAGAUGGGAGAGGUUUGUGCACAGUGAGAACCAGCACCUGGUCAGCACAGAGGCUCUGGACUUCCUGGACAAACUGCUGCGCUACGACCAUCAAGCUCGCCUCACGGCCAGAGAGGCCAUGGAUCAUCCCUACUUCUAUCCCAUCGUCAAAGAUCAGGGCAGAGGGGCCACUCCUGGGGGGAUGGCUGCCAGCUCCACUCCAGUCAGUUCCUCAAGUAUGAUGGCUGGCAUCAACUCCAUGUCCUCCACACAGCCGCUGGCUAACAUUGGAUCCCCGGUCAUCUCUGCCCCCAACACUCUGGCCACACAAGUCCCCGCAGCCACCGGGGCCCAGCCCUGAAACCACUUCCUCACCUGUGUUAACGUGUGCUCGUGGUCAUGUCCUGGGUACCCAGGACCAUGGCUCCCCUUUUUAUGUUGGGAAAAAAAACAAACAAACAAAGAAGAUGAUUUAAAGAAAAAAAUAAAAUAAAAUAAAAAUUUGCUUUCCACGUUCAGUUCUAUUUUGACACCUGGACUUUGACAGAAAAUGCGAUGCACCUGUCGGGUUCGAUUAGAGAAAUUAAUUUGGGUGUGUUAUUUGACAAUGCCAUUGUCUAGAAAUUCUAAUAAGAUGUAGACAUAAAGAGAAUGGAUAAUAAAAUUUAUUUUGUAUGUUCCAAAUA